AUGACAACCUUAAAUUUACCCUUAUUCCCAAUAACGGUGGCGUUCUACAACGUGUCCUCAUAUUCACUGCCCUCCUAUCGUUUUAUACAAAAGGAUUGGGUAAUGCGCUUCUGGUCAGUUAUCCUAAAAAGAAAGUAUCAUUCACAACUUCUUAUAUGGAGCUUGGAACUUGACACAGUAUGGAGGUCAAAAAAUGGCCGCCUGAGUAACAAACGGAAGUCAGUGUAGUGUGAAUUUCAGGUGCGACCAUUUCUCAGUCCUGAAUCACUUCACCUCCCUCUCAAUGAAAUGCCAUUUUUUGCUGUACCAGUUUUACAACGACUUUCAAUUCGUUAGUCUCCUUUUAUGUUAAAUGUCUUUCUAGCAAUAUUUUAUGUUCUUGUAUUACCGUCGAUGUUUACUUUGUUAUGAUACUUAUCUAUUCGUCAUUUGUCGAUUCGUAGAUGUCCGUAUACUUCCUGUUAUCCUUUGGCAUCAUCCUGUUAUUCCCUGCGUUCGAGUUAGUGAAUGAACUCCCUUUUUAG